AUGUCAAAACCAGCUGUUGUGCAAACAUGUCAGCGAGAGGCAGUUUUAACGAAAAAAGAUGUACCCGGGAAAGAGUACCUCGCCGGGUUGUUCUCCGGAUUUAUGUCUGUGGCAGUGACGUAUCCCAUGACGAAAUUUAAUUACAGGCAAAUAUUGGACAGGACGAGCUUCAAAGAUACCUUGCUUAAAAUGUACUCAGAGGGGCAUUCGCUUUUGUUCAGAGGUAUUUUGCCGCCGUUAUUGCACAAGUCGAUUCAGAUGACCAUAAUGUUCGGAACUUACAGCCAGGUGCAUAGGAAUUUGGAGAAAUUGAUACCGAAUCAACGCUACAACCAAAUACUUAGCUCAGUUAUCGCUGCUAGUGUUGAAUCGUCCAUAAUGCCUUUCGAAAGGGUGCAAACAGUUUUAAUUUACUCGAACUACAACAAAAACUACAAGAACAUGUUCGAUGCCUUCGUGAAAAUACAGAAAAAGCACGGCACGAAGGAACUCUAUCGGGGAUACACAGUGAUAUGGAUCAGGAACUCCAGCUCCAACCUGUGUUUUUUCUUUUUACGCGACAAAUUUCACGAGAUCACGGUCAACUACAACAAUCUCCCGUUGCUUGAAUUCAUCGGAGGCGCGUUCUGCGGCACAACCAUGUCCAUGGUUUUUUACCCCAUCAAAGUACUUAAGACAGCAAUACACAAAGAAGUGGGCACCUCCAUAAGUUACACUAGAACGCUGAUGGAAGUUUACAGAGAAAAAAUAUACUUCAGGGGUUGGAUGAUGAAUGGGUUUAAAUCUUUAGUAUCGUGGGGCGUGUCCCUACAGUCCUACGAGUUUGCAUUAAGGUUGUUAUCCAACAUUAAAUAA